AUGUCCGCUCGGGAGUUUCAGGAAUUGGGUAGGCCUGAAGCGGGCGGGCGGGCGUCGAGGUUGGGUCGCGCAGUCGCCGACAGGAGAUACGGGGACGGGAUGAAUGACUGGCGAGUCGGGGCUGCGUUUGCUUGGCUCUUGGCUCGGAGGAUUCCGAUGGUGAGGAUGCCGCGUCUACUGCUUCUACUGGCUAUUCAGAUCGGAGGGUAUGUCACUCUGCUUGCUUUCCCAUACGAUGAUAUCGUACUUACGUCUGACAGUCCCAGCCCCGGGCGGACAAAUGGCACGCAAAAGCAUGGAUGGGUACCGAGUAGACUAGCAGUCGCGUGGGGUGGGACUACACUAGGCAACCCGAAUUGCCUAUCAGCACACCCGACAGAAGUCCCGAGUGAUUCUACGGGAGAUGAUACAUCGGGUCCCGGUCCAUGCCACGGGGCAAGCUACAACGAUGAUCGACUGAGGGGACCAGAGAGGGGACUGUGGACGAUGAGCCCAUCACUGGAGCUAAAAAUUGUCAACGGUCACGGGCGUGCACCAAUCAUGGGUUUGCCUGUCGCCUGUUUGUUGCAGGGACCAAUGGCCAGGCGCCAUUACCUAACAUUUAUUGUCCAGACAGCCCUAAUUCGACGUCCGCUGCAGAUGCACGGUCAUGAGUCCGUCCCAGAUCAUUCUUUCGAUCCGGAGAAUCAUACCGAGGCGACGGGAACGGAUGUUGUUGCCGCUGGUAUGCUGUUCCGGUUGGUGAUGGGCCGUAAUGGGAGUGACCACCCUUUCUUAACCUUAUUGAAUGUCGGCGUCGAAACCAGGCCUAUUCCUACUUCGGCCCCGACCUUUCGGGAUCCCGGUGUUUCAUGCGCCCGUUCUUCGAGAAGCCUACAUGAUUUCGUUGACCGCUGCAAGCUGACGAGGAAUCCGGGGGCUAAAUCACGUCAGCCACCUGACCUAUAUGAGCUCGACUUUUGGAGCUUCUUGUUCACUGUAUCCGAGUAG